UGUUGCUGUCGCGAGGCCGGUAACAAAAUUGCUGAAGCCUACUAGCUUCUUCAAUUUCACGCUGUGCUUACGCGUUCGCGCUGCUUUUACAGUGAUAUUCAAAUAGCAAGUGUCCAUAGCUUUCCUCGGUACCUGCGCCAUUCGAUUUCGGCAGCUAGCGAAAGUUGACUUAAGUUCCCUCUGCUUUGCCCCCGUGAGAGAUUCCGAGGUUGCGGCAACGAACUCAAAUAGAUGGACUGACGAGGCAGAGCACGCCAUGCCGUGAAGCAAAACGGACAGCGCCCAGCUUGCUGCACUAAUAUUGUAACGCUGCGAAAACAACCUGUGCCGAUGGUGCGCCCGAGCUCCGCGCGGGUCAGCGAAGAAGAAAGCGAAGAGGUGAAGCGCGGGCUCUUGCGCCUCCCGCGGAGUGCGCGAAGACGACGAGCAAGAAGGCGCUCCAUUCGGCCAGGGCUCGCAUGUGACGCAGCGGCUCCGCUGACUCGAACAAAAUUGGGCGCCGGGUGCAGCGGCUGAACAGCCGAGUGCAUGGAUGGACAGCGUUGCCUGCGCUGACUACCUCGUGGUGAGCCAGAUCCUUGACUACGUGCCCGUCAGCGACCUGUUCAACACGAGCGAGGUCUGCCGCCUCUGGCAAGCCAUUAGCCUCGGUCUUCUGAAGCGGAAGCUGCGCUACCUCUGCUACUGCCACAUAAAAUCGGAGGAAAAAUGCCAAACCACGGCAAGCGGGCUCCCAAAGUUUCUGGAAGAAUUCUGCCGGGAUCUCCGACGAUUUAUCCAAAUUGCCCAACAAGCGGGGUGCAGCCCCACGUUCGGUUUCCUGUCGUAUUCGUCCAACCCGAAGGACGAAAAGGCUGUUGUCCAACAGGUGCAGAGCCAGCUGUCGCCAAGAUGUGUGGUUGUGUACCACCGGUCGAAAACUAUAACUAUGCGACCUCGGCACGACCCUACCAAGGCGUGCAGUGUGCACCGGGGAAUAACGGGAGCCUUCCUGUUCGGCCCGUCGCCACCUACGCCGUGCCACCGCCGCCCCAGCAGCAGCAGCAGCAGCAACAGCAGCACCAGCAGCCGUGCUGCUCCGGGGGAAGCAGUGGCGGGCAGCAGCAAAUCGUGCCCUGCUACGGAGGCUCCCGGUGCCCCGGCGCCCCCGUACCGGCGCCAGUGCAGUUUCAAGCGCAGCCGGCUGGAAAAACUGUCCAAGCUGCUGCGACGCGCUGUUCUGCGGCGCCCAGUGGAAGACCCGUGCCUGCGGAAUGUGGCCCCGGGUGUCAUGCUGUUCCACUCGUUCCGUAUCCCCAUGGAGGACGGACGCUGCCUGACCACUCACUGGAAAGAAGAACAUACGGGGAGGGUUGUGGCCGUGUCCUUUAUGCGCCUGUUCCAGCAACGCGAUGCAAUGCGUGUCCGCAGCCUACUCAGCAGUUUUCGUCGAGAGUUCAGCCCCUGCCGCAGCAACACCCGCAGCAGUCGUCGCGCCAGUACCCCCAGCAGCAUUCGACGCAAUCUGGUCGGCAGCAGCACCAGCAGCUGCAGCCGAGACAGCAUCAGCAGCAACAGCAGCCCCAGCUCGAGCCCCAGGGACACGUUUGUUAUCGUCCUGCAGAAUUCCAUGGAGGAUACGCAGGAACUUCAGGCGCUAGUGGAACUGUUCCCACAGGUGCCGGUCAUGUCCAUCAGUGGUGAAUUUCUCAGGGAUGAGGAGCUGCUUCUCAUGGGAGAGCCGCUUGCCAAGCGCAAGGUGAUCGUCAUGGUCUUACAGCUGCUUCCCCCCGGCGCCGAAGCCCACGUGAUUCUGGACAACAAAAAUUGAUUGAGUAAUAAACCAAAACGAGCGCCUGGCCUAUAAA